AUGACGCUAGAGACUAGCUGUCUAGAUUCUGGGUUUUUAUGCAAUUAUAAACUCGUAUAUAGCUCAGAUUUUAUCAAAUUUCUGAAAAAAUUUGAUGAAAAUUAUAAAAAAUACUAUACUACACGUAAUUGGCAAUGUUUAAAGAGAUAUGUAACAUAUUCGAUUAAUGUGUUGGACUAUUCACCAGGAUGUGGAUACUCUGAAAGGGUUAAAGAGUUACUAUUUGAAAAUUCAAAUAGUCUAUCCAGCUUCGGAGCAAUACAGGCAGAUAGCGAAGUUUGUAGUACACAUUUCGAACGAAAUGAUAAUAGUUUUGAAUAUUAUGGAUUAUUAUCCACUAUUAUCUCUACAUCAAAUCCUAAGUUUUAUGACAAUCCUGAUCUAGGAAUUCCGGAAUUGGAUGCUAUAGUUUCUAAGUACGUAACAUAUACAAAUUUGUAUACUUCACUCGCAGACGUUUAUGUAAGAUUGUGUGAAUUUAAUUUAGCAUUCAAAAGUUUGAUUGAGUUGUCCGUUAUUUUGUAUUUGAUACGUUGCGAUGUGAAAGAUCUCAUAAAGGCACUUGGUAGAAAAAAUGUUGUAGCCGAUUUACCUGCGAUUUGCCGUAUGUUAAAUGAGAAUAGGAUAUAUAUUGAUGAGUCAUACAACAUUGAAAAUCCAAAGAUAAUUCUAAAAAGUUCUGUCAGAUAUUGGAUUCAGGAAAUUCAAUUUGAGAUUUGGUCAGUGCUUGUAAAAAUAUGGUUAAGAACCCCUUGUAUAUAUUCUGUAACUAAAAAAAUUGAAUCGCUAGAAUUGUCAUCUAAGGUGGAAUUGUUACUUAAUUUCGAUAUAUUUUGGUCAAACAAUAGAUAUUCAUUAAAUAGAGAAGUUAACUGUAUUAAUGAUCAACAUGAAUCCAUUGAUUUUUGUGAGAAUUUAUUAUCGUAUUCUAAGUUAGAAUUAGGAAAUUUAAAGAUAAAUUUAACACAGGAGUUUAUAAUUUCCUAUUUAUUUGCUCUGCCAUUUAAUUAUCAAGGAUUAGUCAUAGAGGGACUGCUUUUUAUCUCCCACGUUUGCAGAGAUUUAAGCCAUAGCACAUUCUGUUACAUUUAUUCCAUUUUGAACGAUGCUUUGAGUAUUUAUACCUGUAUGUUGGCUAACAUUCUAAACAUAAAGGGUUGGUGUAAAGAUGUUCAAGUAUCUAUGCAUUCCAAAGAUCUAUUAAAGACAGAAUAUAAAGGAUUUGUUAUACCACAUACAAUAUUUAUUACUCAUGACCAGCAUAUAUUCAAUGAAAAGGUGUUUUGUAUCCCAUCAUAUUCUAAUCAGUUGAAUUUAUGGACAGAGAAAGGUGAAACUUCAAAAACAGAUACCAUAUUUUAUGAAUUAUGCAAGUCUUGUUUUCUAUUAAAAGAUGAUUUAGAAUUCCAAAUAUUGUUUAAUAUUUAUACCAUUGAAAGUCCUGGUAUUAUUUUUUCAGAAACUAUUACUCUCCCCUACAAAUAUUUUAAUGUAGCCAUUGAUAGACACUUUGUUGGAGGAAAAUCCCGGACUUACACAUGCUCUAACUACAGUUGCAAAAUAUCUAGCACAAAAAUAUACGCCAAUAUUUCAAAUGAACAACAAUACGCUACUAUAUCAAAAUCAAUCUCCCUAUGCAGUUUUAUACGUGUAUCAAAGUUACCUAGACCCUACACAAAGGAACGUAAGCUUAAAUUUUCAACCGGAGAAUAUCCACGUCUAAAAUAUUUAAAGGCGAUUAAGUAUUCAAGAUGUGAUAUAUCAUCUGUUCUAAUCUAUGGAGUACCGGAUGUUAUAGCAUUUUCCAUUCUCUCUCUGUUGUUUUCGUUUGGUGAUAUAUAUUCAUAUAUCCAUUAUAGCCAAUCUAUUGAAUUAUUGCAUUACAAAGAUUUGCUUAAGAAAAAACAGAGAACAUUUAUUAGAUAUUUUCUGCCUUUAAUCCCAAGUCGAUCGACUAAGCAAACAAAGAAAAUAUUAUCGUUUCAAAAGCACAUAAAGAAAGAAUUUAAGGAAAAUUUGAUAUUUUCCCAUUGUUCCGUUUCUAAGGUUUUGAAGAAAACAAUCUCUAUUGCUAAUGAUAAACAUAUUCCAUUACUUCUGCACCAAUGUUUUCCUUUAUACUCGAAUUAUAUUGAAAAACAUAAAGAGAAGGAAACAUUACUAGCAAGAAAAUUUAUUCUAAAAAUCUGGGAUAGUACAGGAAUUCGUAAAGUGAAGGGUUACAUUAGAUCUUUACUCAACAUCUCUAGAUCCAAUAUACUAACAUAUAAGUUCAAGCAUUUUCAUAAACUUAAAAGGAUAUUAUCUCCGAAUAUUUCCCGUGCUCCAAUAACUCUUGGCCUCGGUGUAUUGGAAACAGAACCGUACAGGAUAGAUUCUUUGUCAUCAAGGUUAAAUUGUGUACACAUUUCUAUGACUCAAGACCAUAGAUUUUGUGAAUUUUGUCACAAGUUUAAAAUGUUUGAGCAUAUGGAUCAUAUGUUAUUUACACUAGAUUUGUUGGCUCAUUUCUUGUUUACAUAUGGCAUUGGUAAAAAAUGCUAUACAACGCCCUAUUUAAUAAAAUCUGUGACUUCGGAUCGUAUAAAUCAUUUUGGAAAACGAACAGAUUUGUUUGUUAAAGAUAAUACAAAAAUAUCAGGAAUAAAUAAAGUAAUAUAUUCCAUUCUAGUCAAGGAAAAAAAAUUUCAUUAUCUACCUAAAGUUAACACACUGAAAAUACUAGAGGAAUUCAUUGAGAACAUUAUAUUACUUUCUUUUGCCACAUUUUUUAGUGAAAACUACCAUAACAAACUUAUUUCAAGACUUUCAAUGGUUAAGUUAAUGCUUGGAAGGUGUAAUCUAUUCCUAAAACUCAUUCUACAAACUUUAUCACAUGGAAGUUACAAAACAAGCAUAUCUUAUAAUGGCAAACAUUAUGGCUUAUCUGAGUUCGAGCCGAGCUUCAAGGCUAUUUUAACUUGGAAAGCGUUUAUAGAGUUGUUUAAUAAACCAUUUACAUUCCAAGAUUUUUGUAGUAUAAUAAACGAUAUUGGUUUACUUCCCUGUACUGACAUUCUAAACAGUCACAGAAUUUCUAAUAUGGAUGAGGAAUACAUGGUUAACAUCGGAAAACUAAAGUAUCCGCCAUCUAAGUUAUUAUUAAUGGAUGGAGUGUCUCAUCUCAAAUUAUCGAAUAAUGCUAAUACUCUGUGCUCUAUACCAAUAACAGAAAUUCAAAGUGAUAUGAUUUAUGUUAGGACUGGAUCUAAAUUAACAUAUUUUGUAAUAAAAUCGGAUAGAAAUACUCGAAAAAAAUUGUAUUCGGAAUGUAGCAUGCAUGACAAUAGUAUAGAUGGUAUAUCCCUGCUAAUGUCAUCCGCCAAGUUAAUAUUUGAGGCUAUUUCGUUGGAUCCUUUGGAUUACAAGGCAUGGUUGUAUCUUUCACAUUGUGGACUUUUCUUGAAUGAUUAUUAUUUUGCUUACAAAUGUAGUAAACGUAGCAUAGAAUGUUUUGACUCAUGUAUAGCUAGCUGGCUAGUGUUUAUAAUAAGUAUCAGCUCUAGAGUAAAAACUUUUGCACCGUCUAAAAUGGGUCUGUCGCCUUGUAAUGAAAAUGUUACAGUGUACAACACAAAUAUCCAAACUGAGUGCGUAACGGAAUUAGUACCUUCACCAUUUUAUCCUAUAUUAUAUGGUAAGAAUGAUGCGCAUUAUGUUAUGAUGAAUUAUGUUGGAGGUGAUCUUGAUAAGUGCCUAAGUAUCAUAUAUUCUCUUGAUCAUUUUAAUGACAUUUAUCUCAACAGUGCAUUGUUGCAGUUGCUCUCUAGAACUUCCAAAUACUAUAAUCCAAUAUUCCCAUGGGAAUAUGAUCAUUUUUCUGUCCAUAUUAUUGAACACAAUAAUCUUGGUUUCUUGCCAGAACCAAACAUUGCAAAUUCUACUACAGAGGAUAGCUAUUUAGAUGAGGAAUAUAGCAACUGUCUAAAACAAUUAAUAAAAAAUGCAACUGAUAACAAAUUAAUGCUCUGUUCUCAGGUUUUCAUGGGUUCCAUAGCCCAGAUGUUUUCAAAACGUGAAUUUAAUUUCCAAUGCGGUUGCCACGCUGACAGUAUUUCUUUCUCUGGAUUAAAGGACAUAGGCCUAAACUCGCUUGAAGAAGAAAUCUAUGGGUGGAUUACAUGUAUCGAGGUACUGGCCCAAACCGGCCAGCAUGAAACAUCACAGCUACUUCUCCCCCUCCUAAAAAAUUAUGUGGAUGUGUACGAAGUUGUAAGAUGUAAUAAGGACCAAGCAUUUGUGAAAGCCCCUGUCGAGAAAGCGGAGGAUACUUACAAGAAUGUUGUGGAACAGAGUCUUGGUUACGAGAGCAUCAUAGGAACCAACCUAGGUUUGGAAUUUAAAUUUCUCGAAAUGUACACUAGGUGUUUUAACACUAAAAAUAGUAGGCAUGAUUUAACAAACCUACUAUCACAUAUCCGUGAGGAAAGUCUAAAACAGUAUUAUAGGAAAUUGUCACUCCUGGAGAAUAGGAUCCUAGUCGCAUUAAAUCUCUACAAUGAAUCUGUAGAGUUGUGUGGUCAAAUCCACAGAAUAAAUUUUAGGAGUUCACAACAAACAGACUUUGAAUUGGAGUCUAUAAGUUUGAAGGCUUAUUCAUAUGCCCUAAGCAGGGUCCAAGAGUAUUACAAAGCGUCCAUAGUGGAUAUGUUCGCCAAUCAAUGUAGAUUAACAACACCAAUAAUAAAAUUAGACCUCUGUCUAAAUGUUCCUCUCUAA